AGGAAAGGCCCGUCAUCUCUGAACUCCCCAACCACAUCCUUCCAUAAAUCGAGAGUCCGUUUCGGUUGACCCGGUCAAAGCCCCCUUGGAUACCACUCCCAUCGAUCAAUCAAAACGAAUUGAAUUAACCACCUCUCGAAAUCAUGAUCUUGGGGCCUCUCCAUCCCUCUUUGUAUUUGAAGGGGGGUAGAUUAAUUUCCAAAUUAGGUAGUUAACCCAUUUCUCAUCCUUGCCCUCUCCCCUUUCGAACGCGGAGAAACGAGUUUCAGAAGGGCAGUGAAAGGGUGAGGAAAGUUUCGAAACCAUGGAGAGAUCGUCAUCAGUGAGUCUCGGUUUGGUCUUGUUAGGCUGCUCGGUGAUGGCGGCCAUGUUGAUGGGAUCCUCCAACGCGAUGCUCCACGUCGUCGGUGGUCGCCAAGGAUGGGACGUGCCCGACAAUGUCACCUUCUACCAAGAUUGGGCCAAACCGAGGACCUUCGGCGUCGGCGACCAGCUCGUUUUCCCAUACAGGCCAGGCUCCAACAACUUGCUGAUCGUCAAGAAGAAGGACUACGAGGCGUGCGGCAUGAGCGACCCCAUCGACAUUUACUACAUGGGACCCACCAUCCUGAACCUCACUGCCGUCGGCGACUACUACUACGUCUCCUCCUCCGGCAGGCACUGCGAAUAUGGCCAGAGGCUCCACAUCACCGUCGGGAAAGCCCCGGGCUCGUCAGGGGCCAAAUUACCCGUCAAGCUCAACUGAGCAUUCCCUUCUCCCACUCCCACGUUGUCGCUCGUCCACCAGCACCGCCAAGGAGGUUAGGAGUGGUUUCCGGCAUGGUGUUGACCUUCUUGCCUUUUGAUGAUAGAGAGAUCUUAUUAAUAUUUGCCAUUGCUAAUAUUGCCAUAAGUAAUAAAGCUUGCGGGUCUAAUAAGAUGCUAUAGCUUUUCUUCCUGGUCAGAUUAAUCUCAUACAUGCUAGUUCGGACAAACACGCCGACGAAGUUCACGUAUCCUGUCAUCUAACGUUCGGCAUUUCGCCAAUUGUUCGGUAAAAGUGAAUGCCUGUAUGAGCUCAGGCAAGAAAUUGCA